AUUUUUAGAUGAAAAUGACAUGGUAGAAAUAACUUGUAAAACAAAGUUGUGGAACAUGUGCAGUAAAAAUAGGAUAUUCAUGGACGAUCCUUAUACUUUUAAAUUGAUACAACCUGGUGCCGAAAUAACAUUGGGUUCGGGAAAAGUUAUAUUGAUUUGUACUGAAGUAAUUAACGAACAGAGGAUAAUGUGUAAAGUUUACCAAAAAGGUUCGAUAGGGAAUUUGGAGUUUUUCUGCGUUCGCGGAAUCAAACAUAUUAAACCUCCAUUGUCUAAAUACGAUUUGAAUAUGAUUGAAUUCGCUAAAGAGUUCUCGUUAGAUAUAAUAAUAAUGAAUUCAGUUCGGCGCACAUCAGUAUUAGAUAAAGUGAAAGCACUUUUUAAAAAUUGUCCAAUGCCUCACAUCAUUAGCACGAUCUGUGAGCAGGAGGGACUGGAUAAUAUCGAUGAUAUUAUUGAGAUUUAA